UGAGGGGGGGUGUGACAUGUGGAGCAAGAGGAGCAGGGGAGGAGACAGAGAAAGCAGAGGAAAAGGAGAUGGAUGAGGACAACGAUGAGAGGAGGAAGCACAGGAAGAAAAGAAGAGGACAAAGAGGAACGAGGAGAAGAAGAGGAAGAAAAGGGAGAAAGAAGAGCAACAGGAAGAAGAGGAAAUGGAGAAGGAGGAGGCAGAGGAAGAAAACGAAAAGGGAGAAGCCAGGAAAAUGAUGAAGAAGAAGACGAAGUAGAUGAAGACAAAAAAGUUGAAAAAGAAAAAGAAGAAGAAGAAGUAGGAGGAGGAGGAGGAGGAAGGGGGGGGAAGGGGGGGGAAGAGGAGGAGGAGAAGAAGAAGGAGGAGGAGGAGGAGGAGGAGGAGGGCGGCAAUGAGGAGGAGGAGGAUGGCAAUGACGAGGAGGCGGAAGAGGACGACGACGACGAGGAUGACAACGACGAGGAGGAGGAUGGCAAUGACGAGGAGGAGGAGGAUGACGACGAUGACGACAAUGAAGAGGAGGAGGGGGGGGGUGUCCAUCUCAUUCAUCCCAUCCAUUCUGUUGAUGCACACACUCACCCACCCAGUUUUUUGCCAUGUAUCUUCUUGAACUGAUGGUCAUGUAAAGAUUCCACAUAUGGAUCUUGGACAGGUCUGCCUAUCCCAGACGUCCUACAUACGAAACCAAAGCCUCAACCCUUGUAGAUUCUUCGUUGUCUUCUGCCAUUUAGAAAUAGGUGCAAUUUUGUCUUUCGUGAUCUGACCAUGCCACACAGAGCCCACACACAAAGUUUGGAGCGAUGCGAUCAUGCCACUGCGUCUCCCUGGUUGCUCAACCGAUGAGCUGAGUAAAAGGGGAUACCUUGGGGCUGCAGCCAUUUAUCCAAUUGGGUCACCCCAAGUAAAACGUACAGUCAUUA